AUGAGCCUUCUCCUCCUCCUCUACUCCGGUCGUCUCCUCCUCCUCCUCUACUCCGGUCGUCUCCUCCUCCUCCUCCUCUACUCCGGUCGUCUCAUCGUCUACGACGUCGACUACUCCAGCCAUCUCUUCGACUCCAGAAAGUACUCCGGUCGUCUCCUCCUCCUCGUCUACUCCGGUCGUCUCCUCCUCCUCGUCUACUCCGGUCGUCUCAUCGUCUUCGUCUACUCCGGUCGUCUCAUCGUCUACUACGUCGACUACUCCGGUCGUCUCAUCGUCUACGACGUCGACUUCUCCGGUCGUCUCAUCGUCUACUACGUCGACUACUCCAGCCAUCUCUUCGACUCCAGAAAGUACUCCGGUGAUCUCCUCCUCCUCCUCUACUCCGGUCGUCUCCUCCUCCUCCUCCUCUACUCCGGUCGUCUCAUCGUCUACUACCUCGACUACUCCAGCCAUCUCUUCGACUCCAGAAAGUACUCCGGUGAUCUCCUCCUCCUCGUCGUCUACUCCGGUCGUCUCCUCCUCCUCCUCGUCUACUCCGGUCGUCUCAUCGUCUGCGACGUCGACUACUCCGGUCGUCUCAUCGUCUACUACGUCGACUACUCCAGCCAUCUCUUCGACUCCAGAAAGUACUCCGGUUGUCUCCUCCUCCUCGUCUACUCCGGUCGUCUCCUCCUCCUCCUCGUCUACUCCGGUCGUCUCAUCGUCUACUACCUCGACUACUCCGGUCGUCUCAUCGUCUGCGACGUCGAGUACUCCGGUCGUCUCAUCGUCUACGACGUCGACUACUCCAGCCAUCUCUUCGACUCCAGAAAGUACUCCGGUGAUCUCCUCCUCCUCGUCUACUCCGGUCGUCUCCUCCUCCUCCUCGUCUACUCCGGUCGUCUCAUCGUCUACGACGUCGACUACUCCGGUCGUCUCAUCGUCUACGACGUCGACUACUCCGGUCGUCUCAUCGUCUACGACGUCGACUACUCCAGCCAUCUCUUCGACUCCAGAAAGUACUCCGGUUGUCUCCUCCUCCUCCUCUACUCCGGUCGUCUCCUCCUCCUCCUCGUCUACUCCGGUCAUCUCAUCGUCUACGACGUCGACUACUCCAGCCAUCUCUUCGACUCCAGAAAGUACUCCGGUCGUCUCCUCCUCGUCGUCUACUCCGGUCGUCUCCUCCUCCUCCUCGUCUACUCCGGUCGUCUCAUCGUCUACGACGUCGACUACUCCAGCCAUCUCUUCGACUCCAGAAAGUACUCCGGUGAUCUCCUCCUCCUCCUCCUCUACUCUAGCAAUCUCCUCCUCCUCGUCUACUCCGGUCGUCUCCUCCUGGACUACUCCGAGCGUCUCAUCGACUCCAGAAAGUACUCCGGUUGUCUCCUCCUCUUCCUCUACUCCGGUCGUCUCCUCCUCCUCGUCUACUCCGGUCGUCUCCUCCUCCUCCUCGUCUACUCCGGUCAUCUCCUCCUGGACUACUCCGGUCAUCUCAUCGUCUACUACCUCUACUCCGGUCGUCUCAUCAUCUGCGACGUCGACUGCUCCGGUCGUCUCAUCGUCUACUACGUCGACUACUCCGGUCGUCUCAUCGUCUACUACGUCGACGACUCCGGUCGUCUCAUCGUCUACGACGUCGACUGCUCCGGUCGUCUCAUCGUCUACUACGUCGACUACUCCGGUCGUCUCAUCGUCUACGACGUCGACUACUCCGGUCGUCUCAUCGUCUACUACGUCGACUACUCCGGUCGUCUCAUCGUCUACUACGUCGACUACUCCGGUCGUCUCAUCGUCUACUACGUCGACUUCUCCGGUCGUCUCAUCGUCUACGACGUCGACUGCUCCGGUCGUCUCAUCGUCUACGACGUCGACUACUCCGGUCGUCUCAUCGUCUACUACGUCGACUACUCCGGUCGUCUCAUCGUCUACUACGUCGACUGCUCCGGUCGUCUCAUCGUCUACUACGUCGACUACUCCGGUCGUCUCAUCGUCUACUACGUCAACUACUCCGGUCAUCUCAUCGUCUACGACGUCAACUACGUCGACUACUCCGGUCGUCUCAUCGUCUACUACGUCAACUACUCUGGUCGUCUCAUCGUCUACGACGUCGACUUCUCCGGUCGUCUCAUCGUCUACUACCUCGACUACUCCGGUCGUCUCAUCGUCUGCUACGUCGAGUACUCCGGUCGUCUCAUCGUCUACUACCUCGACUGCUCCGGUCGUCUCAUCGUCUACGACGUCGACUGCUCCAGUCGUCUCAUCGUCUACUACGUCGACUACUCCGGUCGUCUCAUCGUCUACUACGUCGACUACUCCGGUCGUCUCAUCGUCUGCUACGUCGACUACUCCGGUCGUCUCAUCGUCUACUACGUCGACUACUCCAGUCGUUUCAUCGUCUACGACGUCGACUACUCCGGUCGUCUCAUCGUCUACGACGUCAACUGCUCCAGUCGUCUCAUCGUCUACGACGUCGACUACUCCGGUCGUCUCAUCGUCUACGACGUCGACUACUCCGGUCGUCUCAUCGUCUACGACGUCGACUACUCCGGUCGUCUCAUCGUCUACCUUCAGGACACCAUCCUUGAGUUCUCCCGUGCCGACUUUUCAGUUGUGUGGCAACGGAGUUCUUGA